GCAGUCACGUGUCGGACCCAUCUCAAGUAAACAUGGCGURUUACCGGAAACUCACCAUCAUUUCUACAAUUUUAAUGUUCACUAACGUGCUGAAUGCUAGCAUGAUAUUUGAAUUCUGCAAAACCCUGGAUAAAUGCACCGUAUCAACAGACAAGGGAGUAAUUAAUUUGUGGCCGCUGGUUAAUAAGGGCAACAAACCUAUGCCUAGAUUUAAGAACAUCAAGGAUCAAGUUUCCUCUUACUUGUCAUUUUCUUGGAACCCGUGCACUCCAUGGGUGUUACAGACCAAAAUAAACGACACUGCAAAUUUCAAUUCUUGUCAAGAAGACACUUCAAUUUGUAUGACAAGAUCCCAAGAAGGUCAUAGUUACCAUGCUAACAUAGGAAAUGCUUCUACUGCAAGAUUUCUUUUAGAUCAAAACAGCGAGAAAUGCGACCUUGUUUAUGAUGGAAAUGUUAUUUUUCAGCCCAGUCUUGUCCAGAUUGAAUUAAUUUGCAGUACUGAUGAAGGCAGGCUUGAGGAAUUUCUUACUAGUCUUCGUAAUGACGUGAAUAUUUAUCACUCUAGGCUCUAUUCUAAGUACGCUUGUCCAAUUGGUAACUCGCACUUAAGUGCUGGAAGUGUACUCUGUAUCACAUUCUUCACUGUAUUGUUUGUGUAUCUUAUUGGCGGAGUAAUCUAUACAAAGUUCUCCAGAGGUGCUACUGGUAAAGAAAUGAUACCAAAUUACUCAUUCUGGGUGAACUUUUUUACCUUAGUUCAGAUUGGGUGUAUGUUUACUAUUUUUAAAGUAGGAAACCUUUGUGGUGCAGGAUCAACUGCUGGUUACGAAUCCAUCUGAAAGAAAGUAAUGCUGGAAUAGCAUAACUAUCCGAAGUGGGGGGGAAAUAGAAGAUGAGAGCUAGGUAGAGAUGUUGACUAAGAGAGUUAAAAUGUUGAAUCACAAUGGUAAACUGUCAGUCUGAUUGUGCACAUGGACUUGCUAGCAUUUAAAUAAAAGAAGAAUCAAUUAAUAUUUUGUGAAAAGAAAAAUCAUGUC